AUGUCCGCAGCAUCGCAGCCGCAGUCGCAGUCGCAAUCGCAGUCGGUGCCCCCUUCGUCGCAAGUGUCCUCUGCGUCAUCGACACAACGGACCGCCGAAGCAAAAGACGCAUUCAAGGCCGCUCUCAGUGCUGUUGGCGCAAGCAUUGACACUGAACUCCAGGCUCGGGCGAAAAACAUCCAUUCAAAUGCCAAAGCACUGGCAAAGCAGGAGGAUGAGUUGCGGAAGGAGACGAAAGCAGUAACCAAAGAGAGCGACUCUUUGCAAAAGCUACUCGACAAAACGAGGAAGGAAGUGCCUAACUUCAGUGAGUUGGACGACACGCUGGCAGAUCUCGACGCGGAUCUGGCCCUGAUCGAGCAUACACUCCGCCUGGCUGAAGAGAGCGACGUGGAAGACAUUCCCGAGGAACAUUCGCCCACCAAUCCAUGA